AUGAUUUUUUUUCUUAAAUGUCUUGCCUUUUGCAAGCUUUUAUCAGACAGGUAAGAAUGGUGUUUUAAUGUUCCUAAUGAGAAUUCCUUCUGCCCUUCACAAAGAAACAGAGGUAGGAGGUUUGCAUCUGAAUUGUGAUAUGGAGUGUGUAGACAAUCUCCCAGACGAAGUAUUAAAAAGUCCUGAAAUAAUUCAGAAAAUGCAAGUGCAUGAGCCUGGCACUCCAAGAGGCUUAAUUUUCAGCCAAAAAUUUGCGAGAUAAGUCACAGCAAAUGGGCUCUUUAUCCUUCAGUGAGCAGCAUUAUCAAAAUCAGCAUUUCACACAGGCAGGCUUUUUUUCAUUUUAAAUGCUACCUCCAAAUACAAACACUAGAGCAGAGAUAAGAUUCAUAUGGAGAAAAUCUGCUGCUUAACUUCUUUUGUGAGCUCCCAAACACACUUUAAUAAGUUACAUGAAUAGUCGGUGACUAGAAUUUCAAAGCAGAGUGAAAUCCUCAUCAGAUCAGCUUUAAAAAUGUUUCAAAAAACGUUCCAUGCUUAUUCUACCAUUUAAAUUUGUAUCUUAUGUAAGAGUGUGUGUCUUCAUCUAAGCUUGAUAAAACUGUAAAAUAUGAUAAAUUUAGCAAACAUCAUCAUCAUUUAUGCUUUAUCUUAUGUUUUUAUUCAAUGCAAUGUAGAUCAGAUAUUAAUAACUCUCUGUCUACACUCCAUAUUGUGUUCCAAGUCCGUAUAAAACAUGUUGUCUUCCCCCUCACCUCUGGCGUCGUGUUUUCUCCACAGCGCAGGACUGUGGUAGGCGCUGAGUCAAUCUCAGACCCAUCACACAGUCCUGGAAAGAGCCUGACAGAGGGAGAGGCGGUGAGCCAGGGUCAAUACAGAUGUCUUGAGCUGUCCAACAAAGACCAUCAAGAAAACAGAGCCGGUACGUUAUGUGCACGUAUUUGGGAUGGCUUGCUAUGCUGGGAUGACACACCAGCUGGGACGUCUGUAACACAAAACUGUCCAGAUCACCCUGACCUGGACGCAACUGAAAAAGUGACCAAACAUUGUGAUGAAUUGGGUAACUGGGUCCAGAGUGGCCCCCCUUGUCAGCCAGCUUCAAAGAACAAAUUAGAGAAGGAAGUCCCACAUUUCUUAAGAGAUGCUGCGGAAGAGCCCACCACAAAGGCCACAGGACUAAACACAGAAAAAGGCGGUGUUACGGAUCUCAUCCUCAAGAACGAAAAGAAAUGCUCAGAGAAAAUGUUAAAAGAUCCAUCUUAUAAUAAAUCAGGUCUGUACUGCAGUCGUAACUGGGAUGGAUGGCUGUGCUGGGACGAUACUCCUGCAGGAACCUACGCCUCACAAAACUGCCCUGAUUAUUUCAGCGAUUUUGACCCCACAGAAAAGGCAACUAAGUACUGUGGAGAAGAUGGUCAGUGGUUUCAUCAUCCAGAGGCCAACAAGAUUUGGACUAAUUACACACUCUGUGCAACCACCCAUGAGAAGACGCUGAGGAAACUGAAAAUGCUUGAGAAUGAAUACAAAUGCCUCCUGAAAAUAAAUCGAGAUCCACCUUUCAACAAAUCAGGUCUGUACUGCAGUCGUAACUGGGAUGGCUGGCUGUGCUGGAACGACACUCAAGCAGGAACCUACGCCUCCCAAAACUGCCCUGAUUACUUUUCUGACUUUGACCCAGCAGAAAAGGUAACUAAAUAUUGUGGAGAAGACGGGCUAUGGUUUCGCCAUCCAGAGAGUAACAAGAUCUGGACCAACUACACACUCUGUGCUGUUAAUACUAAGGAGAAAUGGAAGGCAGCCGCCCAGCUCUCAGGGGACACUGAGUUAGAGCCCACCAACGGGGCCACGGUCAGUCCCAUGGUCAUCCCAGAAGAGCAGGAAAUUGUGAGGAAGAAAAUCCUCGACAACCAGUACAAGUGCUUUGAGAAAAUUAAUCGAGAUCUACCUUACAACAAAUCAGGGCUGUACUGCAGUCGUAACUGGGAUGGCUGGCUGUGCUGGGAGGACACUCCAGCUGGAACGUACACCUCUCAAAACUGCCCUAAUUAUUUUGUCGACUUUGACCCGACAGAAAAGGCCACAAAGUAUUGUGGGGAGGAUGGGAAGUGGUUUCGCCACCCGGAUACCAACAGGACUUGGUCGAACUACACACUCUGCAAUGAAAGCACUGAGGCAAAGUUGAAGUCAGUGUUCAUCCUCUUCUACAUGGCAAUUGUGGGUCAUGCUUUAUCCAUAGCCUCCUUGCUCAUCUCUCUGGCCAUCUUAUUCUACUUCAGGAGUCUGAGCUGCCAAAGGAUCACCCUGCACAAGAACCUCUUUUGCUCCUAUGUGCUCAAUUCAGCCCUCACCCUCAUCUCUCUCUUAGCAGUGGUCAAUAAUCCUGAAGUGGUGGCCAGAAACCCGAUCAGCUGUAAGGUGUUGCAAUUUUUCCACAUGUACAUGCUGGGCUGCAAUUAUUUCUGGAUGCUCUGUGAAGGCAUUUACCUGCACACGCUCAUUGUGGUGGCUGUAUUUGCAGAGGAGCAACAUCUGCAUUGGUACUACCUCCUGGGCUGGGGCUUUCCUCUAGUGCCUGCAUCCAUCCACGCCGUGGCAAGGAAAAAGUAUUUCGAUGACAACUGUUGGAUUAGUGUGGAAACCAAUCUGCUCUACACAGUCCAUGGUCCUAUAGUGGCAGCACUUCUUGUGAACCUCUUCUUCUUACUAAAUAUUAUAAGAGUGUUGGUCACCAAGUUGAGAGACACACACCGGGCAGAGUCCAACAUGUACAUGAAAGCAGUGAGAGCCACCCUGAUUCUGGUGCCCCUGCUAGGAAUACAGUUUGUCAUAAUCCCCUGGAGGCCAGAGAACCGGCUAGCUGGGGAGGUCUACGAGUACAUCAUGCACAUACUCAUGCACUACCAGGGAUUACUGGUGGCAACAAUAUUCUGCUUCUUCAAUGGAGAGGUGCAGGCAGCUCUAAAGAGACAGUGGAUGCAGUACAAAACCCAGUGGGGUCAGAGACGAAAGGAACACUGUUCAAUGCGGUCCACGUCCUACACAGCAACCUCCAUCACCGAGGUGCCCGCCUUCAUGUACCACCACGACUGUAACAGCGAACAUUUGAACGGACGCCACACGGAGGACUCUGAACUGGUGGCGCUGAAAUCAGGAGAAACGUACGCUUGAGCCACAGAGUCACAACGGAGAUAGAGAGUGUAGCGGUGGGAACAGCUGAAGAAGAGAAACAGAGCAACGGAGAUGUACAGUAAGAAAUGAAAAUGAUUCCAGUUUGCCCGCCAUUUCUCAGUGAUUAAAUCUCAGCCCAGGACGACAAUACUGGUCUGGAAAUAAAGAGCUCAUUGGGAUGGAGACGGACUAGCUGACAUUUUACUUUACAUUGCUGUUGCAGCUGCUUUUAGAUUGAUGUCAAGAACUUGUGGUAUGAGACAAGAGCUGCUUUUUGACAUGUGUCACUUCCUAAAGCUGCUAAACUGUGAGUGUGCUCACAGCGAUGGAGACUUGUGCCGGUGUGGAGACAGAAAUAACUGUGACUGUGAUGACAGUGAGGGUGCCGAUGUUUCCUGUUUUGAAAUGAUGCUGCUGAAUGUGACAGUGAUGGUAAUAUGGGUUCUGAUCGACAUGAGGUAGAGGUGAAUAAUGAUUUUGAUGGUGUCAUGAUGAUGAUGAUUUUUAAGGUGAAGUAGAAAAACCACUCCUUCCUAACCUCACCGAUACCAAAGGGUACUGUAUGUUGGUCACAGCUAUGAAGGGGUGUCCAAACCGACACACACACACACACGCCAUCAAACUUCACAAACCUGAUCGUAUGUGCUAUAAUAGAGGUUGAAUUUCAAAAGACCCUCUGUGCUUGAAGCUCUGGAAUUGUGUACAUAAUGUUUAAUUUGAAAAAAAAAAGUUGUUCAGAUGUUUUAAAAGGAUUUUAUUUUUGUUUUCUAUUAAUAUUUUAUUCUUGCCAAUUCCUAAGUACGUGCUAAGUGUGUCCUGUGAUGCUGCACUCCUGACUUCUUUGUUGUUUUGCAGUUGCUGUAUUUGUGCUGAUGCCGAACAUCCCAGGGCUGAGAAGCAAAAAGAAGAAGCUAAAUGCACAAAUAAAUAUAUGAAUAAAAAA